AGCACCGCCCGCCGCCGCCGCGCCAGACGUGCCCCGCGAGUCCGCAGAGCCGCGGUGCUGCUCCCGCGCUGCCGCAGACAUGCUCCGUUUAUCUACAGUACUCCGUCAGAUAAGACCAGUGUCCAGAGCCCUCGCCCCCCAUCUAACACGAGCCUAUGCAAAAGAUGUGAAGUUCGGAGCAGACGCGAGAGCUCUGAUGCUACAAGGAGUAGAUCUCUUAGCAGAUGCUGUAGCUGUCACCAUGGGGCCAAAGGGUAGAACAGUUAUAAUUGAACAAAGCUGGGGAAGUCCCAAAGUGACAAAAGAUGGUGUGACAGUAGCAAAGGCAAUUGACUUGAAAGACAAAUACAAAAACAUUGGAGCCAAGUUAGUUCAAGAUGUUGCCAACAAUACCAAUGAAGAAGCAGGAGAUGGUACCACUACUGCAACAGUCCUCGCACGUGCUAUUGCCAAGGAAGGCUUUGAGAAGAUCAGCAAAGGAGCCAAUCCAGUAGAAAUCAGGAGGGGGGUGAUGCUGGCAGUGGAUGCCAUCACAGCUGAACUGAAGAAACUGUCAAAACCUGUUACAACUCCAGAAGAAAUUGCACAGGUUGCCACAAUAUCAGCAAAUGGAGAUCAGGAAAUUGGCAAUAUAAUCUCUGAUGCAAUGAAAAAAGUUGGACGAAAGGGUGUGAUCACUGUCAAGGAUGGAAAAACUCUAAAUGAUGAACUGGAAAUCAUUGAGGGUAUGAAAUUUGACAGAGGCUACAUCUCUCCAUAUUUUAUUAACACAACUAAAGGGCAGAAAUGUGAAUUCCAGGAUGCUUAUGUUUUAAUCAGUGAAAAGAAAAUAUCUAGUGUACAGUCCAUAGUUCCAGCUCUUGAAAUUGCCAAUGCCAACCGCAAACCCUUGGUCAUCAUUGCAGAAGAUGUUGAUGGAGAGGCCCUCAGCACUCUUGUCUUGAACAGAUUGAAGGUUGGCCUUCAGGUUGUUGCUGUAAAAGCACCGGGUUUUGGUGACAACAGGAAAAACCAACUUAAGGACAUGGCGAUUGCUACUGGUGGUGCUGUGUUCGGAGAAGAGGGUUUGAACCUAAAUGUGGAAGAUAUUCAGCCGCAUGACUUUGGUAAAGUUGGAGAGGUCAUUGUGACAAAAGAUGACACCAUGCUCCUUAAGGGGAAGGGUGAAAAGACUCAGAUUGAAAAACGCAUUCAAGAAAUAAUCGAGCAGCUAGAGGUUACCACCAGUGAAUAUGAAAAAGAGAAACUGAAUGAGCGAUUGGCCAAACUCUCUGAUGGAGUAGCAGUAUUGAAGGUGGGUGGCACCAGUGAUGUUGAGGUGAACGAGAAGAAGGACAGGGUCACCGAUGCCCUGAAUGCCACCCGUGCGGCCGUGGAGGAAGGCAUCGUCCCAGGUGGUGGCUGUGCACUGCUGCGCUGCAUCCCAGCCUUAGAUGCCUUAACUCCAGCCAACGAGGAUCAGAAAAUCGGCAUUGAAAUAAUCAAGAGAACACUGAGAAUCCCAGCAAUGACUAUUGCAAAGAAUGCUGGUGUUGAAGGAUCAUUGAUAGUUGAAAAAAUCCUGCAGAGCCCAUCAGAAGUUGGCUACGAUGCAAUGCUUGGGGACUUUGUAAACAUGGUAGAAAAAGGAAUCAUAGACCCAACGAAGGUUGUGAGAACUGCUCUGAUGGACGCUGCAGGUGUUGCAUCUCUCCUAUCAACAGCAGAAGCAGUGGUGACUGAAGUUCCUAAAGAAGAGAAGGAGCCGGCAAUGGGAGGAAUGGGUGGAAUGGGUGGAGGAAUGGGAGGUGGCAUGUUCUAAUUCCUGGGGCAGGGAUGCAUCAUGAGCUGUGCUGUUGAAAAGACUGACAGUUCUGACUUCUAAAACUUGAGCUAUCAGUGUGAGAGGAUGGAUAGUGACUGAAGUGAGGCUGGUGUUGAAAAGAAUCACUGUAACCAUCAGUUACCGGAUUUCAUUUAACACACGUGUAAUUGUUUACAGUCAUUGUCCAUGCCUACAGAUAAUUUAUUUUGUAUUUUUUGAAUAAAGACAUUUGUACAUUCCUGAUAACUGGGUGCAAGAUCCAUCUACCAAGCUCCCAAUUUGAACUUAAUUAAGGCACUUGAUGUUCUAUUUCAGAAUUUCUUGGUGCUUGCCAGUACUAGGAAGAACUUGGAAGCCACUGUGCGUGAGACUAGACAAUUGUGUACAAAGUAGGCAAAUAGAGUUAUGUGACCUUUAUGUAAUAAACUGCUCAAAAGUUACAAAAUGUAUCACCUCCUUCAUCUGCACACAAAGCCAUAGUUACGGGAUAGACUGGACAGCCUGCUGCUGCUUCUAAGAGUUAGUAGAAAUUGACACUUAUGCUUGAAAAAAUGACAGGGCAUUUCACUCCGAGAAACAUUCCUUUGUCUAGAAUGUUUCUCAGAAAUGCAAGUGCUUUAAUUUUGGUAAGAAAUAUCUAAGCUGAACUGCACUACAGUUCUUUGAAAUAUUAAACAAUGCUCUGAAAACAAGGCACGUGCCCUGACUUUAUUUUUCCCUGUCUGAUUGUUUCACGUGCUGGAACAGGCCCAGUGUACCUUUCACAGUCCUGGGGGAAGGGAAGUGCCCUGAGGGUAUCAGACAGGUAAAUCUUUGCUAAGAAAGGGUUCUGGGGUUUUUAAAUAGUUCCUUUGCUCAGGCAUAGUAUGUGGUUACCUCCUCAUCUUGAGCCUUCUAUUCUUCUUCCUUUCUGGUCAGGGGUGCAGGAUUUAGUUACUUUGCACUAGAAAUGUUGUUCUACUCCUUUCUGUGUUCUUUGACCUGACAGAGCCACUAACAUUGUGUAGUCUUUUCUGCUUUCCAGCCUGCGAAACAAUGGUGUUCCCAAACUUGUGUAUGUUUAUUUCUGAUUUCCUCAACAAUCAAAAUUGCUUUACAACUUCUCAGUUAUAUAAAAAUUACUUUAAUCCAGCUGUUGCUUUCCCCAGCUUCCUGCCCUUAAUAAGAACUAUACUUAAACAGAUGGGAUUUGUGACAUUCUAAUUUUAAGUAAAAUGGUCUGAAACUGU